AUGGAGUCUUCGAAUCAUGAGAUAGUUAAGACACCAGAAGAAACACCAAUUUUAGCUGCUGAAGUAGUACAGCCACCUCCGCCGGGAGACGGCGUCAGUGGAGGAGGAGGAGGAGGAGGAUGGGGAGGUGGCUGGGGACUUUCUGCAUUUUCGUAUCUUACGGAUUUUCAGAAGGCUGCUACUGUUGCUGCUGAAGAGAUAUCCCGCAAUGGCUUGAGAGUUAUUGACCAUUCAGUCGAUAAUUUUGCUUCAGGAGCUUGGCAAGCAUUAGGAAAUGCAAUCAAAGGAGGUUCUGAUUUAGUCCACAAGCUUGAGAAUUCAGCUGUAAAUAUUGCGGAAUCAAUUCAGCAUGGUGGUUUACCUGCCACACCUGGUUCCAUUGCACCAUCCAUACUAGAGACUGGAAAAACUUUUACUGCCAAAGGAAUGGAAGCGCUUGAGCUUCUGGGCAGAGAAACUAUGUAUCUAUUGAUAUCAGAAACUGGUAUGGAUGUUGACAUGAGCUCCAAAGAAGUUGAAGGGAAAAUAGAUGAAGAUCAGUUCUUUGAGGAAGUCACAUUUGAUCGAUGCUUCUAUAUUUAUGGUGGUCCAGAGCAGUUGGAGGAGCUUGAGUCGUUGUCCAAUCAUUACGCGAUGCUGUUCAACCGGAAAAAAGCAAAAGUUCCAUCUGAUCAAAGGUCUUCUUACGAUGGAAAGCUUAAAGAGGUUCAGCAGAUUUUUGACUUGAGAUCUGAAGUUGAUGGAAGUGAUAUAGAAUCAGAAAAAGGGAAGAAAGUUGAGACUGGAACCUGGGAUAGUACAGAUGAGGUGAAGAAUUUGCAUGAUUCCAGUGUGAACAAGGCUGCAGAAUUAGCAGCAGGAUUUGCAAAUGCUUUAGCUGGACUAGCUCCCAAUGAAAUGAUUCAAAGGACAACUGGGAGACUGGAUACCCUUCAUUCAGAGGGUGUUCAUAGGUUUUCAGAACUGUGCUGUUUUGCUGUGACUCAACUUCUGGUGCUUGGGAAGUCAAUCAUUUCCGAUGCAAAUAAAGUUAUGGACCAAGAUGUCAAGGAGGAAACUGAGAAAAUUCAUUGGCCUGAAGAUUCUAUUGAAAGAGCUAAUGUUAUACGAGCAAAGGCGCAAUCAAUGACCAGAUGUGUUCAAGCAGUUUCUUCCAGUUUCAUUACAGGCAUAUCAGAUGUGGCUGAAGCAUAUUUAGUAGCAACCAAAGGUGCUUCCUCUGGCUCACAAGAUUCUCAGAAAUCCAUCCAGGAAAAGGCCAAUGUGUAUUCUCGGAAUCUUCGUGCAGAUCAUAGCACAGCCAUUGACAAGAUUCAGGAUGGGAUUCUGUAUUUAUCCUACGUGAUCGUCUCAACCUCAAUGUCUGCUGCUUGAAUUUCUUGAUGCAAAUAUUCAGCUUGUUUGUAGUUUUUAUCCUACGGUGUAAAUAACAUAGUUAACUUUUUAUACCUUCAUCCUUGCGCAA